CCUUCCCCCUCCCCGAUGAGCAGCUCUAUCUGCAACCCAUGUGGCUGGGAGGCAGCCACAGCCGGUUCCAAUUCCUACUUUCCCACUCUGCGCCCCUGCUCGCUGCCGGGGCUGAGCCGAGCCAGGACGGGCCGCGGGCUUCCUCCCCCCGCCCCCCGCCGCGCCGUCCUCCCUCUCCCCGCUCCAUCCGACCCUCCGGUCCCCCAGGGCACAGUGUGGGAAGUACGAAUUUCCGCUGAGUUUUCUCGGCAACUUUCGGAGCUCGUCUUUCUCCCGCUCCGCCCGCCGCCCCCUGCCGUCCCUCCCCGCCCGUCCCCUCCGCCCCCGGGAGCGCCGGCCGAGCAGCCGCCCCGCUCCGCUCCGCAGCGCGCCCGCCCCCCGCGGCACCGCCGGCUCCGCCACCGCCGCCCCACAGCCCGAGGGCUGCGAGGGGCGGCAGAGCCCGGGCGGCGGCCCCGGCAGCGCUCCCGGCCGAGCCCAUGGUGCCGGGGACCGCGACCUGCAGCCGCCGCGCCUGCCUGCCCGGUGCGGAGCUCAGCCCGGCGCGGAGCAGAGGAGGGGCCCAUUAGCAGCAGCAGAGGAGGCGGAGGGGAUGCCGGAGAGACACAAAGCCGGCGGGGGAAGCAGCCCACGGCUCGUCCCGGGAUGGGGGCGCUGCGCCGGGUCCGCCUGAUGCUGCUGCCGCGGGUGCUCUGGGGCUCCGUCCCCCUCAUCCUCCUGCUGCUGCUGCUGCCCGCGGCCGAGCCCAUCUGCCCCGAGCCAUGCGACUGCCAGCAGCACCAGCACCUCCUCUGCACCAACCGGGGCCUGCGCUCCGUGCCCAAGACUGCCGAGCCGCAGGAUAUCCUCACCUACAGCCUCGGGGGCAACUUCAUCGCCAACAUCUCCGCCUUCGACUUCCACCGCCUGGCAGGGCUCCAGCGCCUGGACCUGCAGUACAACCGGAUCCGCUCGCUGCACCCCAAGGCCUUUGAGCGCCUGGAGCGGCUGGAGGAGCUUUAUUUGGGAAACAACCUGCUGCCAGCGCUGGCCCCUGGCACGCUCAGCACCCUGGCCAAGCUGCGCAUCCUCUACGUGAACGCCAACGAGAUCGGCCGUCUCAGCGCUGCCUCCUUCUCUGGCCUCGACAGCCUUGUCAAGCUGCGGCUGGACGGCAACGAGCUGGGCUCGCUGGGCGAUUCCACUUUCUCAGGGCUGCCAAACUUACUUUAUCUGCACCUGGAGUCCAACCGCAUCCGCUGGCUGAGUCGCGGUGCCUUCACUGGCCUGGCCAAGUUGCGCUUCCUCGACCUCUCAGGGAACCAGCAGAGCUCCCUUCGGCACCCAGACAUCUUUGGGCCGCUGCGCUCCCUUCACACCCUGCUGCUGGCCAGCAACAGCCUGCGGCAGCUGACAGGGGGGCUCUUCCAGCACCUGCCCGGCCUGGCAAAGCUCUCACUCAGCGGCAACCGACUGUCUCACCUGGCCCCGGAUACUUUCAGGGGGCUGGGCUCGCUGAAGGAGCUGCGCCUGGAGGGGAACCUGCUGAGCCACCUACCUGCCACCCUACUGGAGCCGCUGGACAGCCUGGAGGCACUGGAUCUGAGCCGCAAUGCACUGACCGCCCUGCACCCGGCUGCCUUCGGCCGCCUCGGCCGCUUGCGGGAGCUCAGCCUGCGGGACAACGCACUGGCCACGCUCCCCGGGGAGCUCUUCGCCUCCAGCCUGGCCCUCUACCGCCUGGAGCUGGAGGGGAAUGCCUGGAGCUGCGACUGCCGCCUUCGCGGCCUCAAGCGCUGGCUGGCGGCCUGGCACUCCCAGGGCCGCUUGCUCACCGUCUUCGUGCAGUGCCACCUGCCACCCGCCCUGGCCGGCAAGUACCUCGACUACCUGCAGGAUGCCCAGCUGUCGCUGCCGCAGGACGGCGGCCCCUGCCCCGAUGGUGCCUCUCCCUCCCCGCCAUCCCCCGAGGGACUUGGCAGCAACAACAGUGCAGUGGGGCUGCCCCCAGGGCCACCACCGCCGGCCGCCUCCACCGCCCGCCUGACGCUGGGGGUGCCCAUAGCCGCCAGCCCCACGCCGGCACCGCUGCCCAGUGCGGCGGCGUGGCCCCGACGGGCCAGUGCCGCCGGGAUCCCACCGCUGGUGUCCGACCCGUGCGACUUCAACAAGCUGUUCCUGCACAACCUGUCGGUGGAGGCGGUGGGCUCCAGCUGGGUGACGGUGCGCUGGGCCGUGCGGCCGCACCGCAGCCCCCGCCUGCUGGGGCCGGCGCGAUUCCGCCUCCUCUUCGACCGCUUCGGCGCCGCCGUCAAGUUCCAGCGCUUCGUGUACCUGCCGGAGCGCGGGGAGCCGGCGGCCACGCUGCGGGAGCUCCGCCCGGACACGCCCUACCUCGUGUGCGUCGAGGGCGUCCUGGGCGGCCGCGUGUGCCCGGUGGCGCCGCGGGACCACUGCGCCGGGCUGGUCACCCUGCCCGAGGGCGGCACCGCGGCGGCGGCGGGCGGGCCCCGCGGCCCCGACCAGCAGCUGCUCACGCUGGUGCUGCUGGCGGUGAACGCGCUGCUGCUGCUGGCGGCUCUGGCCGCCUGGGCCGCCCGCCUGCUGCGCAAGAAGGUGCUGGGCCGUCGGCGUCGGAAGGCGGCCCCGGUCCACGUGCGGCAGCUCUACUCCACACGCCGCCCGCUCCGCUCCAUGGGCACCGGAGUGUCCGCCGACUUCUCGGGCUUCCAGUCCCACAGGCCGCCCCGCGGCGCUGCCGCCUGCGCCCUCAGCGAGGCCGACCUCAUCGAGUUCCCCUGCGAGCGCUUCCUGGACAGCGGCGGCGGCCGGCACGGCGAUGAGCACCUGCUGCAGCGCUUCGCCGACUGAGCCCGCCGGGGCCCGCGGCAGCGCGGAGGGGAAGGCGGGCGCCGCUCUGCCAGGGGAUGUGCGGGCCCAGGGGUCGCGGCCUCCGACGGGCUGGUGCGGCUCCGUGGCCGCGUUCAGCCGCCCUUGCUGCGGGCCGCGGCUGAGGCUGCCUGUGGGACCGGGCUACUUCUGGCGGCACCUCCCCGUUUUGUCAGGAAUCGUCGCUAACCCAAGGAAAAGCCCUGACAGGCGGUAACCGUGCCUUGCCACGAAGAGCAAACGGCAGGAGCUACUGCCAAGAGCAGCCAGUGCCUCCCCUAAGGAAACUCCGAGCUGUUAAUUUAAGUGUGCUGUUUUACAGGUGGUCUCCUCCGACUGCAGGUUGGGAGCGAGUUCAGUGAGCGGCCUGGCCCUGUGUGAGGAGCUUUGAACAGGUCUUUUCCAAGGCACCAGCCCUUCCUAAUCGAAAAUUUGGUUCGAGGGUCAUCUUUUCAUUUUACUGUUUGCAACCAGGGAGCUGUCUGGAGGGCUGGAAAUGUAGGGGUUUGUGCUCAAUAGCUUGAAGGCUGUGCCGUUUCAACUCAAACUAAAUGUGAGGCAAUUUAAUGUGCACAAGUGUGCUUUUAUACUUUUCUGUAAACGAGAAACAAUAAUGCAGCUGGUUAGUUCUACAGGAAUAUAUUGCUGACACCACUAAGAAAAAACUAACAGUUUUUUGUAGAAUGUUUACAAAUGAGCUAUUUUUAAAUUGUUUUUGAAUAAAUACUGCUUGGUACUUGUACACAUGAAUGUGCUGUAGUUGUCUGGGUCCAUGAUGGUCAGCAGAUCACUGACCCUCACAUAAUCCAUCUUCAUUUCUAAAUAGGUGGGUGCAAAGGUGAACUAUUGAUGGAUAAAUAAUCAUUGGUGCCUUAUUUCAGAAACAAUAAUAGGUGAGAAUAUUUCAGGAAUGUGAAACAAUCUUUAUCCUAACAGGCAAUUCUCUCCUAGCCUUAGCCUACUAAAGUUAGAAGCUUUAUGUACCUCACUGUGAAAUAAAACAUUUUGUGUAUUAAUCUAGAUUAUGUGUUUUGUGUAGCUGAGUGAGUAAUGCUAAAGUUAAACCCUUAUGCAGUAGUAUAUAAUGUUUGAGUUGUUUUGGUUUGUUGGUUGUUGUGGGUUUUCUCUUUUUUUAAUUAGGAUUUUGCUUUUGGUUUCAGAGCAAUGCUAAUCAUUUUAUGGUCAGUUGCUCUCUACUUCUCAGAAUUUUUCCUAAAUAUUUACAGAAUGUGGUUCUGUUAUUACAAAAUAUGGUGAUUUAGUUUACAUUAAUAAUUCUCUCUAUGUGAUCUACAAAUGAGCUGAUUAAAGAGGUCCAAAUCGGGAUUGCACUUUAAAUGCAAAUGUUUUAGAAGGAGUUUGGUAAAUUGCUGAGACCAUUGAUACAACUUCUGCUCCUUUGAAUUUAAUGUGCAACCUCAGAUGAACUGUUGUGGAACUGAAUGGCUUGAAGGAAGUGUUAAUGUACUAUGGAGACAUUUGUCACAAUAUCAUGCAUUCAUUGCUGACCGGAGGUGUUCGUGACUACAAGUUGUUUAUUACCAUAAUUGCAAGUAAGCAGUUUGGAGGUUUUCUCUCUUUUUUCUUUUCAUUUUUUCAGAUGAACAAGUGUUUACAAAAGAUACCAUAGUAACUGGUACCUUCAGUUGGAGUUCAGUGACUGAAUAGAGAGAAAAGACUUUAUGUUCUGAGGGAGAGAGUGUAGAGAUCAUUUGCCUUAAUCUUUGUCUUUUCUAUGGAGGGAAAAAAAUCAAAGUCUUGUUUCUUGGGUCAGUAGCAAGAAAUCCUUUGGGAUUUCAUUUUGACAGGCAGUAGUUUUCAUGAAUAUCAGGGGCCAAACUCGGUCGUCAGUGUAUAGAUUAAAAUUCACUGCAAUAGACACCAUAUUGAAUGGAAUUAAAAUUGAGGGAAUGCAGUAUCAGGUUUCAUCUUUUGUUAAGAAUUUAAAAUUUCUGUUCUCUUGGACACCUGGGUGCUUUUGGCCAUUUAUGAUUGUGGAAUACACCACUGUUUGUUGUUAGAAAUGCAGUGGGAUUAUUGAGUAAAGCUGUGUAUCACACUAACGUUAGCUCUAUCACUGGAUAUUCUUCCAAUGGGAGAUGCAUAGAUGCUGUACAUGGUUAUAGUCAAUUGUCAAUAAAUCCAUUUGCUGAAAGAAAA